UCCUACCACCAAGUCUUAUUCUCCUUGAUCUUUUUCAUCAUUCAUAAUAUCUUUCACUUUUUUCAACUCUAUCAUCAAAACCAUGAACAAAGUUGAUAAAUCUCAAGUUAUAGUUCUCUCUUUCCUAGCUUUUCUUCUUGUGAUCACACCCUUUUUACCUUCCUUUCUAAGACCUAGUUACCUUUACUUAAUCUUCAACAUCCUUAUCAUUGCACUUGGAGUCGAAGCCGGACUUCUAUCGGUGUUCUCUGAGCCUUCAGAAGACAAAAAGCAACAUGUUUCUGUGUUUGUUACGCAAAAACAGACACAGAAACAUGUAAUGCUAGAACAAAAAGAGAAAGAAGUAUCUAACAUGAUUAACAAUGCAUGUUUUGUCUCAGAGGAACAAAAUGAAAAGAAGCCUAAGGUUGUUGAAAAAUCUGUAUCUGAGAAGAAGAUUGUAUUUGUUGGUGAUAGUAAACUUGAUAAGGUGAAAAAAUCUCCUUCAAUGCCAAGUAUUUUUUUUAUAGAUGAUGGAGAAGAUGAUUUAGAAGUGAAAUAUAAUGAUGAGGAGGUUAUUGAAGUAGAAGAUGAGAUUUGUGGUGUUAAUGGACAAGAACUUUUUGCAAAAGCUGAAGCUUUUAUUGGAAAUUUCUACAAGCAAUUGAAGAUGCAAAGAGAAGAGUGUUGUGCUUAAUUAGAAAGUAUAUUUAGGAUUAAAUUAAAUUAGCUUUUUAUUAAGAAUAAAUAAUUCUCUAUGUUGUUAAAUUAGGAGCAUUAGCUGUGAGGAUCCAUUGUACAUUAGAGGGUUAUGUUAGUUCUGCUUGCCAAUAUUCAAUUUUCAUUAUCAUCAAAUAAAGUUUAUGUUGAAAGGAUAUUGAAAAA